UGGCAUUAUGUUUAUUUCAGAUUAGUCUAUGAUUCUCCUUAUCUGGCUCUCUACUUUUUCUGACUGUUUGGAGUGGGGAUCUUCUUUUUCGAGUCUCAGUUUCUCUGAUCUGCACUGCAAGCACUGAAAAGAAAAAAGAGGUAUGAAAAACAGUUGAGCCAAAUUGAUGGGACUCUUUCCACUAUUGAAUUCCAGCGCGAGGCUCUUGAAAAUUCCCACACAAAUACAGAAGUGUUCAAGAAUAUGGGCUAUGCUGCUCAGGCUAUGAAAAAAGUACAUGAAAACAUGGACUUGGACAAAAUUGAUGACAUGAUGCAAGAUAUCACUGAGCAACAAGAUAUUGCCCAAGAAAUCACAGAGGCUCUCACAAGAAGAGUUGGUGAUGACUUUGAUGAGGAUGAACUAUUGGCAGAAUUAGAAGAACUGGAGCAAGAGGAACUCGAUAAUAAGAUGAAAAACGUUCAUUUACCAAGUGUCCCAGCUACCUCAUUGCCUUCUCAUCCUGCGCCUUCAAAGAAGAGGGUGGAAGAUGAUGAAGAUAUGAAGCACCUGGCAGCAUGGGCAUCUUAACAGCAAUUUCUCACUGGCUUCAAGGGAACACUACGGGAAUAUCAUGGAAGGACUUCAUGGAAUAGUGCUUAUGUUUUAUACAGAGUGUAGCUGUGUGGAAUUUUGACCAAAAUUGGUCUCUGGUGGAAUAUGUGUAUAUAUUUUAUAUAGUCUUGUAUAUAUUGUUUUUUUUAAAAAGCCAGCAUUCUCAAGUAUCUUUCUCCUUCAGGUAUAUCUCCAAACAUACCAUUUUUGCUAAAGAAGCCAGAUAAUAAGCAAGCCUGAAGUUAAUUAAUGUUAUUCUUCUUAACUGAUACUUUUUUUAAUGCACAGAACAUGUGUAGGUUGCAAAACCUAAUAGUGCAAUAGUGGAUGUUGCAGUGGUUUGAAAGAGAAUUAAAAUUGGUUUGGUUUUGGAGUUUCCAAAUAUUUUCCCAAAGAAAAUGAUUAAAACCCAUGGCCCUUAGGUGGACGAGAGAAAUCCUGUAGCAAUUUUGCACCGAGUUCUUUGUUUUCUGUGGGUUUAUUUUAUAAUGGCUUGUUCAGAGUACAAAGUAGAAAUGAAGAUUUUGUACCUUAAAAACUAAGAUAAUGAUGAAAGUGGACCUCUGUUGAAACAGAGAGAGAAUACAUUCUCUAUGCAGAGGGCCAAAAUAAGUGGAUUAAAACUAGAAGCAGUGGGUUCAAGGUAGAUGUCAGGAGGCCUAUUCUGACUGUAUGAACUGUCAUCUACAAUAACAGAGACUGUAGAACAAGCUGAUGAGGUUUUUUUUUCCAAUUAAGUUCUUCAGCAGAGGUGGGUGAACAUCUACCAGAUCUUGCAUUGAAUAGAUAACCUCUUCUGAUCCUUCCAGUUCUGUUCUGUGAGAGCUCAUCAGAGCAGGAAAAGUGUUAUAGAUCUAUUACCAGCUGUGUUUAGAUGAUUGGUAUGCCUUGAAAUUGGUUGCUC